UAAUGUGAACUACAUCCAAGUUUAUGUGCAAUGGCACAUAUUUUACAUUAAGGAAUAAGUCAGAUAUGAGUGUAGCUCUAGAUGUUGUUAAAUUUUGAUUAUGGCUUUAUUAGUUUGCAUAAUGCAGGUUUGCCCAUUGUUAGGUGAACAAUACAUUAUGUUAUUCAUGUUGUUAUGAUUUUUAAAAAAAUUAUUCUUGGAAUUGAUAUUGUUAUACCACACACAAGUUUACUUACUGUGCAGUUUUGCCAUUAUAAGAGAACAAUUAAAAUAUUUUAUUUAUUUGCUAUGAUUUUAAUAGGAACUGUCGUACGACAGUAUCAACUUGCCAGACUUCUAUAUACCAUAUACACAUUAGCUUGAAUUAUAUUUAUUGUGACUGUGAUUUUUUUAGUGCUUGUACUUCAGCUUCUAGCAUUGUAUAGCUUGAUAGUGCCUAAAUUUGUUGCAUGUUGAUGCCAUAACUUUGUGAUUGAAAUUCGACUCUUAAUUAUUUUGAGCCGUCAGCUUUAAACUUAGUUUUUAUUACAAAAAGUUUAUUUACAGUUUAAUAGACAUUUCUUAUUUACCAGUAUAGGCAUUGUUGUUUUUUUUAGCUCUUGGUGUGUACAUGAUUUGAGCCUCAGAGAUGGCAGAAGAAAUGAUCUUCCUGGAAAAAGUUCUCUAUUUCCUUGGUUCCAUUGUUCUCCUUCCAUUUUUACUGCAGUAUAUUGAUGAUUAUAUUAUGUUGUGAUAUUUUUUAGAUGAAACAGUCAAUUGUUUUAUUGGAAUGAGGGUUUUGAAUACUUUUUUGAAAUUUGAUGUAGUAUAAAAUGCUGCAUAUAGUGCUAAAAUUACGUGACGUCACCUGCGCUGCUUAUUUUUUAUAAAAAUAGCGCCGAUAACUUUUGCAUCAGUGGUGACAAUGGAGGAAGGAGGGAGAAUGUCUCCGCUCGAUGGAAGGCCAACACUCGAUGAAUUGGCUCGCUAUAUUACAGUGGGCGUGAAGUGGAAUCUGUUGGGAGUUCAGCUAAAGCUGGAUGACCGUUUGCUGGACGUAAUUGAUCAUGACAAGCACUCUACUGAAGACAAAUUAUGUGCUAUGUUUCAAGCUUGGUUGCAUGAAAAACCUGAAGCCACUCGAAGAGAUGUUAUAGAGGCUUUGAAAAUUAUAAAAGAUCUUGAUAUUGCAGAGAAAUACGAAAAAACAUGGAAAGAAAAGAGUGUUGACCCACCUAAAAACAUUGAAAAAUCUCUUGAAAGAUGUCGCUCACAGAUUGAAAAACCAGCUGAAAAUGAGCAAGACUGGACCAAGAAGUUUUAUUAUUUAAAGGAAAUGUUCGAUCGACAUGUCUUGCCACCUAUCAUGGAAUUAAUUCGUGUGGAUGAUGCUAAACGUCGCUUUCGAAAGACACUUCACAACAACUUUGGCUGCAAUGAAGAGUUUCUAAAGGUGCACAGAAGUGAUCUUGAUAAAAUAGAAAAAGUUGAAGAUUUUGUCCGGUUCUUGAUUGAUCUCAAUUUUUUAAGCUACCUCAACUUUCAGCACUUGAAAGAGCUUGCUGGUGAUGAUUGUGCUGCUUAUUUUUCUGAUUAUGAAAAGAUAUACUGUAAUGUUUUUAGUGAAGUUUCUUUGCCACACAUUGCCUCUGUUUUUCGUAAUAAUCCUGGUCUUGUACCUGGAGGAAUUUUUGGUUUUCCUACUUUGAAGUUUGAGUUGAAGCAACCAAAGUCAUAUCCCAGUUUGCAAGAUUGGAUAACAUCCCUUCAUCCACGUCUGCCCUCUCACAUUGCUAAUAUACAAGCUGGUGAUGACGGAUCCGUCACUAUCACAUACACCAUGUACCCGCCCCAUAAUUUCUCCUUUGUAUUGUCUAUUCUUGAAGAAUCAGAUUUUGUAAAGUUUCUUGUGAGCAAUGAAGUUACUCCACAUUUGAAGCUCUGCAAAAAUGAAGGAGCAUUAAAUUUGCCUUUGACUGAUCAUGAUGAUGGGGAUGAUUCAAAUAUUAAAAAUAGCACUCAAGACAGCAAAGACACAAAAUCACCACCAGAUUCUGCACCUUUGCCAAAUCAAAUUUUGUGUCCUUUGGGAAUACAACAAUUUGAUUGUCCAGUUGGUCCUGUUGUUCAACAUGAAGGUAAAAUGUCAACUACAAAAGAUCUCAUAGCAAAGCUCAAAAACCCAAACAAUAAGAUAAAGGUGCAGCCAGCAUUACUUUCAUUCAAUGGCCUGCCUAAAAGUGGGAAAACCACAGCUGUCACACGAUUCCUAGAUUAUGUUGUAGAAAGUUCCCUUGAUCCAAUUAGCAAAAAGAUUAAUCGCCCAGAAGAGCAUGUGGGUAUUGCUGCUUAUGAUUUGAUAGCAGUUUCAUCUGCACAUGGCAAUGAUUAUAAAGUCACAGAAGCAGCACAAGAGUCAAGCUUUGCAUUUGGAGUUCUUUCACUUUUUCAAAGUAUGGAAGCUAAAGAAAGAGUACCUCUUAUUGAUACCAGCCCUAUACCUGUAAAGUCCUUUGAUAAUUUUGAGUUGGAUGAUCACUUUCGUUACAUGUACAGCUUCCUGCAAUCACAAAAUUCGAUUCCGAAAAGUGCUGAGCACAGCUUUCUGCAAUUUGUUCCUGAAGGUAUUGCUCUUGUCAAUAUUUGGGAUUUGGCCUCCAGCAACACUGUACAUCAUCUCUUAUCAGCACUGGAAGGUUAUCUCUUUAAUUCGUACCUGUGGCUCUUUGUUGACCUUGAAAAUGAUCUUGGAAGGCUGGAUGAGAAUUUUGAAAUACCAAAAACUGGACGUGACGGUGCUAUUUUUUUGAAGCAGCGACCUCGCCUUCAUUACUUGCUUCGCUCAUGCUGGAGUACUAGAGAUAAUCACAAACAAAGAAAAAGAGUAUGCACCAUGUUUGCCAAUCAUAAAAAAACAGGUCCAGGUGAAGCCCGUGACAAAGUUAGUAUGUUAAAGGAAAAAGUUCAGCCAAUAGCUAAUCACAUUGGUGUCUCAGAGCUUCUAGAGGACAGGAUAGAAGGUAUCAAUUUAGAGCAAGAUCACAAACGUCUUCAUGAUAAGUUCCAGCUGAUUCUUAAAGAUGAAAUACCCUUUGAUGAGAUACCUCUUUCUUGGCUUUUCCUUCGUAGCCUGUUUUAUCGUUUUAAAAAAAUGUUUGUCUCAAAAGAUGAAUUGAUGGAAAUGGCAAAAGAAUGUGGUAUGGAUGAAUGCUCAGUUGAUGAUUUCUGCAAAUUUUUCACAUCAUUUGGAAGCAUAAUUGAUCUUAGUCUUGUUGAUCCUGAUUACCAGCAUGUCAUUGUUAAGCCUGUUACUUUCUUAGAGUCACUUGACAAGUUUUUUGCUCAACAAAAUGGUGCCGCAUGUCAGGAUUACCCAACAAUGGAGUACGGAAUUGUUCCAGAAAAAGCUUGUCGAAAAAGUUUCAAAGAUGACUGGCCCAUUUUCAUGGAUGCUCUUGUUUGCCUUAAUUUAGCAACACCUGUUACAACUCGUUUCCUAGAAAUGCCUCCUAAUGUUCUUCUUGAUCGCAAAGGCAAUUACUACUACAUUCCUCUGUGCUGCACUGGUCCUUUGAUUGAUGAGCCAGAUCCAUUCUCAGUGCAUCUCCUGACUAAUAUCAAUACACCUCAUUUUUUCAAGCAGGUGUCUUUUGCUAAGCAGCUGCUGGACACUUUGCCUGAGCCUGUACUGGUUCCUUGCAAGAGUAUGAACCAGACAAUCAUCAAAAAUUUAUCUACAGACACGAUUAUUACCAUCUCAUCUCAUGUACCAGCAAUUAAGCUGAAAGUUGAUAAGCCAAAUGAAGAAGUUUGUGCAUUUAUCAUUCAAGCUACCGAAAAAAUAGCCAAGGAAAGUCGCAUACCUGUGAAGUACAAAUUUGUUCAAUUUUGCUCUAAAAGUCCCGUUACGAAAGUUGAGUCUCUACCUUCUGCUUCGUAUCAUCGUCUUCCAAAGAUCAUGUGUAAAAAGUGCCGGAAAGAUCCCAGAUUUGACAAGUUAUUAAAAGCCUGGACAGAAGCAUUACUUGCGAAUGAAAUACCGGAUAAAUUUAAAGCAACUGGAGAGGUGAAAAUUGAUGAACUUUCUGAGAUUGCAGAAAGAAUAAGAACCAUAUCACCAGCUACUGAUAAUAUAUCUGAUAUAGCACAAGUUUUUGGGGUGGAAAUCUCAACAGAAGAAGAUCCCAUUGGGGACAUACUCAUGAAAUGGAAUGUUGAAAAGAAAAAUGCUGGUGAUUUUGAGCCAAGACGCGCCUUGGCACAAUUGAUAUACCCAACCCUUGGUGAAGUAAUGGCAGGAAAGGCUCCAGAUGAGAAGAAAGCAGGAAUAAGGCAAAAGUAUGAAACGCUAGCAAAGGAAAUUGAUGUGUAUUACCAGUUUGUUCCUUAAUUUGCUUCAUUAUUUUGUAAUGACUUUGCUUAAUACUACUUACUUAACACUUUUUGCUGUUAUUUAAAAUGCUGAACUAUUGAUUAUUUUGCCUGUGCAAUUAAUUAACUGCUAUUAUUUGUCGGCUACUUGAUAUGCUAUUUUUAUACAUAUAUAUAUUAUAAUUAAUGCUGCUGGCAGCAUUAAUUGCUGAUUUGCUGUAUAUUUUAAUUUUUAAAACAAUGGUUUUGACUACAAAAAUGAUGAAAAUCAAAAAGGAAAAUGACAGUAAUAAUAAUUAAUAAUAAAUAAAACGCUGGAGCUUGUAAAUA